UUCUGGCCGGCAGCGAGCGAUUCGGCAACUUCGACAUCAUGGAUCAACAAAACCGAGUGGGCAGCAAGUUUGGCGGAGGAGGCAUAGCGGGUGCCAAUGAAGCGGGCGUUGACCGUCGAGAAAGACUGCGCAAGCUCGCUCUCGAGACGAUUGAUCUAGCCAAAGAUCCGUAUCUGCUACGGAACCAUCUCGGCGGACUGGAAUGUCGACUUUGCUUGACUCUGCACACCAACGAAGGCUCCUACUUGGCCCACACGCAAGGCAAGAAGCAUCAGACCAAUCUCGCCCGUCGUGCCGCAAGAGAGGCGACAGACUCGUCCGUCUAUCAGUCCCAGCUACUGGCUCAGCAAGCCGCCGCACAACGUUUGGCGCCCAAGAAGCAGUUUCUCAAGAUCGGCUUGCCGGGCUAUCAGGCUACCAAGAUCAAGGAUCCCGAGUCAGGCCAAUUGGGCUUGCUCUUCCAGAUCUUCUAUCCCGAGAUCAAGCCGGAUUCGAUACCGAUGCACAGAUUCAUGUCGGCAUACGAACAGCGCAUCGAGGCGCCCAGCAGAGAUCAUCAGUAUUUGCUCAUUGCUGCAGAGCCGUACCAAACGAUCGCCUUCAAAGUCCAGAGCAGAGAAAUCGAUCACCAGCCAGGCAAAGGGUGGAAGCAUUUCGAUCCAGAUACAAAAACUUAUUCGCUCCAGUUCCUCUUCGUAUGAGUGAUCAUCUGUUGUCUGUAGACGUACUGUGUCAGUAUCUCUGCCUUUUGCAUGCAAAGCGGAUUCAGCAGCACAGUGAGAGGUCAGUGUAACUAUGAACAAUAUCUCACAGCUCCAGACUCGCCGUC